ACGAAAAAAAAAGGAAAAAAAAAACCCCCACACGCUCGUUCAAGAAGCCCCGUCUCUACUCUACUACACCUCGAAGCAGGAAAAAAGAAAUCGAUCAAAUUUCUGAUCAUCCAAUAUGCUCCGCUUAAUUAAGUCUCCAUUUUCUCUCUCCAGAUUCUCGAGGGUAGCUGCUUCAAAAAAUCAACGGUUUUUAUGCACAGAUCCUAAUAAAACUGAUGAACCAUUCAAAGUUGAGGAGGCAGAGACAGUAGAUACCUCUCCACCUCCAUCAGAGAAGUUACUUGUGUUGGGUGGAAAUGGAUUUGUCGGUUCACACAUAUGCAAAGAAGCUUUAGAUCGUGGUCUGACCGUUGCUAGCCUUAGCAGAACAGGAAGGUCAUCUAUACAAGAAUCCUGGGCUAACAGUGUAAUCUGGCAUCAUGGAAAUCUUCUUUCAAAUGAUUCAUGGAAAGAUGCUUUGAAAGGAGUGACAUCUGUUAUUUCUUGUGUUGGUGGUUUUGGUUCCAACUCACACAUGUAUAAAAUCAAUGGAACUGCAAACAUCAAUGCUAUAAGAGCUGCUUCUGAAGAAGGAGUAAAAAGGUUUGUUUACAUUUCUGCUGCUGACUUUGGCGUUGCAAAUUAUUUGCUGCAAGGAUAUUAUGAGGGCAAGAGAGCUGCUGAAACAGAACUAGUGACCAGAUACACAUAUGGAGGAGUAAUACUGAGACCUGGGUUUAUUUAUGGAACUCGUCGUGUCGGUAGCAUGAAGCUUCCUCUUGGUGUAAUUGGUUCUCCCUUAGAGAUGGUUCUCCAACGCGCAAAGCCACUCAGCCAGUUACCCCUUGUUGGGCCUUUGUUCAAUCCUCCUGUGAAUGUUACUGCAGUGGCUAAAGUUGCAGUAAGGGCAGCAACUGAUCCUGUUUUUCCACCUGGGAUUGUAGAUAUCUAUGGGAUACUUCGCUACAGUCAGCAGAAAUCCGUAUAACUUUCGGUUCUUUUACUUUAAGAUAUCUUGGUACUCAUGUUGGUUCUCUUCAUCCCUGACAAGUUACAGAGAGGCAAAUGUUCACCUAAACCUUCAGCUGCUCAGUAAAAUAAGCAAUGCACCAGAAUUUCCCAUGUAUAGCCAUAUUUGUUUCUUUUAUCACGAUUAUUAUUACUGCUUCAAUGAAAUUGGAAUUUUUUUCAUACAUUA